UCAGACUCGACAAUCAUGUCUACUAAUAAUUUAUCAUCAGUUCUAAAAUCGUGUUCAGAGAGUGAGUUAAUCAAUGAGGUAUCUGAAACUAAUAUGACACCAAAGCAAGUUGAAGGUUCUCGCCUCAAACGUACUUUUACACUGCCUCGCAAUCCUUUUGGGACAAUUAAGCCUAGUUCGAGUAAGAAUAAGAGCGUUGAAAAUGAUGGUAAGCCGACUAGUGCAAGUUCUGCAUCAGUGGAACCUCACAGAGAGGAUGGUGUUAUAGAAAGGAAGUUGUUUAGAAGGCCAUCAUGGAAACGGUUUCUGAAUAAAAUUGCUCAGCACAUGAGCACCGUCAAUGUGUCUGGGGUGAAAUCUGCACCUGUGAUAUUAAAUGGUGACCGAGUGCCAUGCAGUGGUGAUCCACCAUGGCCUCCUGGGACCACUCCGGCAGCUACUGGGAUCAAAAACCAUGGGAACACUUGUUAUAUGAACGCAGUCCUUCAGUGCCUUUCCCAUACGGAUGUUAUUGCUGAGUAUUUUGUUUUAGACCUUUAUAAGGUGGAUCUACAAAAGAGAAAUAAAAUUAAUUCAAAGAAGUACGGCACCCGAGGUGAAGUAACUGAACAGUUGGCAGCUCUUUUGAAAGCGCUUUGGGCUUGUCACUAUACACCUGAUAUGAGCACAUCUUUUAAGGGGGCAGUUGAAAGGCACGGCACACAAUAUAGAGGUAAUAGUCAACAUGACGCACAGGAAUUCCUAUUUUGGCUGCUAGAUAAAGUGCACGAAGAUUUGAAUACGGCAACUAAGAAGAAAUAUAAAACUAUCAAGAACACCUGCGGGAAACCAGACGAGGUAGUGGCAGCAGAAACAUUAGCAAACCAUGCCCGAAGGAACAGUUCAUUUGUGCAGGCAGUUUUUCAAGCACAAUACAGGUCAGCGCUAACUUGUGCGAAGUGCGAACGAACGUCAUGCACCUUCGACCCGUUCCAUUGCGUUAGCGUGCAGCUACCCUCGCGGCAGGCGCCUGCGCAACCGUCGCCAUUGCCCGUCAAUGUGGUAUACGUGAACCAGCAGCCGCGUCAAGUGCGCAUCGGCGUCGAACUCGCGCCCAAUUCGACGAUGGACGAUCUUAGAACAACUCUACAUACUGACACCGGCAUCGAUCGCGAACAUAUCAUACUAGCUGAGAUAAAUGAGACAGGCUGGUGCGUGGCUCGCGGUGGCUGGGAGAUGGCGGGAAUGGAUUUUGGCGCGCUAUACUGCGUGGAGGCGCCGCCUCUACUGCAGACACCCACCACACCUUACCUGCUGCUACUCUGGGUCAACCUGCUCGACGGAGAGAGAUUCGGUUCGCCAUAUGCGAUGCAAGUGCCCCGCGAGAUUUCGUACGAGGACCUGCAGAAGCUGAUGCUGAAGGAAAUGUGCCAAAUCGUGGCUGAGCGGGUGUUAGAGAACGCACAAGGGAGCGAAAUUUUCCGCGCGCGCAUUGCCGAAACGCAUCGGCCCAGAGAUCCCGCUUAUUUGUUACCAGAGUUACCACAUCCGUUGUUCGCGUUAGACGUAGAGCAAGCUCUAUGCGCGCACGAAAAAUAUCCCCACCUUCGGCUCGAAUUGCUUUGGGACCCUGCACAUAGGGACAGUAUUAUCCGGUCGGCGCAGGAGUCGUGCGAGGUGCACGUGUCGGCCGCGUCGUCCAGCUGCGCGGCGCCGCUCACGCUGCACGCCUGUCUAGCGCACUAUACACGCGCCGAAAGGCUCGCCCAGGAAGACGCCUGGAGAUGUCCCCAAUGCCAAAGAUAUAUGCCUGUGGUUAAAACUCUUGGGCUGUGGUCACUUCCAGACGUCUUAGUUAUACACUUGAAGAGAUUUCGACAACAAGCGAAAGGGCGCACGAGCACGAAAUUAACGGCAAUGGUCGAAUUUCCACUAAAUGAUUUCGAUAUGACGCCUCAUCUCGUCAGAAGAAACACGUCCGUAGCAGAGUCACCCAGUCACUCCCGUUCACCACGAAGGAGGCUAUCAAAAACACCCUCGCACAACCCCCACGACAACAUGUACGAUCUCUACGCGAUAUGUUAUCACCACGGCGAUGAUUUAGAAACGGGCCAUUACACGGCAGCUUGCAAAAACCCUUACGACGGACACUGGUACAAAUUCGACGAUUCCAGAGUCACACCAGUGGAUGACGAAAACGCAUACAGUGAACUAGUUAACAAUUCUGCUUAUAUGUUGUUUUAUCGACGUAAGAAACCUUUAGUGACCCAUCCGUGUUCUACUAACGAUCAAAACGGGCAUUGGGCGCUGCGUAUGCCGAAGCUAUUGCGACGGCCGAGCGAAACUUUGAACGAAUUGACAGAAGUGAAAGAGGAGAAUAUUGAAGAUGCCAAAAUCGAAUCUGUUACCAAUGAAAUAGACACCGAAUCCGAUGUCACUGCGACCCAUAGCCCAUCGCUUUCGAGAAGAAGUGUAGCGAGCCUGCCUGACGACAAUAUGACGGAUAUUACAAAUCAUGUCAAUCAGAACCAGGUCACGACCCUGAUACAUAACACAGCGUCAAUUAUCCAAUCACCAACGUUACAAAGGCCGCUACUUAUUGAAGUAAAUGGAAAUCAAACGAUAAACGAAACGAGCGAAAACGACAAUGAAAUUUGCGGGGCCAACGAGCCUUAUAUUCAUAAAGACGUGCAUGUCAAUCCUAAGAUGACGCCUGUAGACUCUAGGCGGCCUAGAUCCGUGGACUACCCUUCUAGAUCGAACGCGCCGACCACUAGAGAUGCGAAUAGAAACUACGAGAGUUCCCCGUUGGUAGCUAGUAUUAACGGCGUCGAAUAUCAUCCCACCACUGAAGAUAUUAUGUUGUCUAUGUUUCAAGAAUCCAAGUUUGUGGUCCCGCGGCACACGAGUCAUAUCACUGGGGAACCUCAUAGAGCUGGCGAAAAGUCUUCCGUUUGGAAAACUCGAAUAUCCACAUGAUAGCCGUCGAAGCCUCAAGAAAGCACGCAAUUCUACAUACGUAGUGUACACAAAACACAAGAUCUGACAGUUCCCAUUAGUUAACAGUUACUUUCGGUAUGUUUUUCUUGUUGUAAAGGUUGAGAAGAUGUUUACCCUUGCUAAGUUGCGGAGUUCUAAAGAAUAAGUUUUCAGGAAAAUUGACGCCAACAGCUAAGAUAGCGCCGCUUUUCGGGGUCCAAAAUAUUAUUUUCAGCCUUUGAGUUCAUUAUUAUUAUGUGAAAUGGAUAGAGGCUUAUUAGUAUAGUUUACUGUGUUAUUUAUUCUACGAAUUCGUAACGUAUAUUUCCAAAAAUGUCUUCAAUCUUUUCUAAAUAUAAUACAUGGCCAAUGUGGAUUGUGUUAAGGUCUAAUAAUGUUAGUUCAUGCAUAAUUAUCAACACGUACUUCUUUGUUUGAAUUUUAUUAUUUUAUUGUUUGCAUAUUAAAGUUGCGUACCAAAGAUCGGUUGAAAACAUGAUACUCAUUUGGAGGAGGUAAAUGGCAGGAAUUAAUGUAGUGGAUGUUUUUUGUAUACUUCCUAUUUAUUUUCUCUGCCUUCUCUACGAUAUUGACAAAUCUGUAAUAUAAUGAAUGCAUUAUAGUGGUGUACAUUGUUGAAUGGAUUUGCAAAUUACGUUAAAACUGUAGAUAACAUCGUAUUUAGUACGAAGGUAGCUAGCGGGCGUAAUAAUCAAAUUUUUCAUACAAAUACCACACUUGUGCCUUGGCCCUAGAGAUGUUGUGAUUUUAAUAAAUUAAAAAAAAUGCAGUUGCUGACGUAAGAAUUAUUGUAAGGCAAAGGAAUAUGAAAAAUCUUUCACACUAAGCGCAGUGCUGUUUUCUAAAGUCCACGCUUAAGAACUUAUGGGGUUUUACGGAAGUUGAUGAUUACAUUGUUCAUAAUAACUAUGCUAUUUGAUAUUAUAUUCUUUUCUCUUAUCAGUUCGCCACAUCAAAGUUUAUUUAGUUCUAAGGUUUAAUAUUCGGUUGAAGUUACUCUGUGUCAUUCUUAUAUGAAUUAUGGAUGUUUUUUAAAACAUGUACAAUGUCAAAACAUAGUAGCCGUACUUAACUAAUCAAUUAAAGGUUUUCUUUAACCGUUUAGAUGUAUGGAUAGUAUUAGAAGUGACAUUUUGUCGCGUUAACAGGCAGGGAGUGGACUUCGGAGCUUGGACUUUAGAAAACAGUCAUGAAGUAAUGUGUAUUUCUUAAUUUUGAUACGUUAAGUAUUGUACAGAUUUUACGUUUGGAUUAUAAUUAUGACCGGUGUCAUAAUGUCUUGUGUUUGCUUAUAUUAAAUGCCACUUACACUGAAAAUAUGCCUUCGGUGUAAGUCGCAAUUAAUACUUGUUAUAAAUGCCACUUACACUAAAAUCAUGUUGCAAGGUAUGAAUGUGAUUUAUACUUUGAUAAUUUGUGAAAUAAUGUAUAUAUUGUCCUUGGUAGUAUGUUUUUUACCUGAUGAAAAUGAUUUUAUAAGAGAUAAUAUAAUAUUUUGAUUUACCACCUUGUAAAUAUUGGUAAAUUUAUUUUCGUUAGUUUAUGCACCGGACUUGUAUGUGAUUUUUUAAAUAUUUAUAUUGAUUUCUUUUUUUUUGUAAAAGACAAUUAUUAUAGUGUAAGUUCACAGUGAUUAUUUAAGUGGCCUAAAUUAAAUGAUAUAACCAUUUGUAACGGUGAUUUUUCGAAGAUUUGCAAGAGCAAGUAACCAGCUUAUAUUCCAAUUCGCUUACAGUUGAAAAUGAUAACGAUCUUUGCAGACAGGUAUGGAUUGUUGGCAAGCGAUAAAAGUAAAAUGUCAUUGCAGCAACAUUUAGCAUUUAACAGCAGUUUUAGGUCUACCAGAAGCUUUCUCAAACGAGAAAAUCGUUAUUUGAUAUUAUUUGGAGAAACUUCUUGAUAAUAUAAGUUUUAAGACUCGCAGUGCAUUGAAACUCCCGAUACAUGUAAAUUUGUUAGCUGUAUUUAAAAUAAUUAUAUUAAUAAGUAAGUGCAUUACACAAUGUGAGUCAAACAACGUAGCAACCAACAUGAUCAUAGUUUUACGAAAAUGGCACCUUAAGACUUUUUUCUUUGUUUUUGAUAAUUCCAAAAUUAACUUAUAAAAUGAACAUUUUUGCAGUUAUCACCUUAGGAAUUAUGAAUUGUUGUGAUUUUUAUUACUAUAAUUCUCCAACUGCAAAAGUUAUCAUUUUAUAG